GCCGGGGCCGAGGCCGCCAUGGAGUUCGCGGAGCUGAUCAAGACGUCGCGCGUGGAGAGCGUGGUGCUGGCGGGCGCGGGGCUGCCGCCGGCGCGCGGCACCCUCUGCAUCACCAGCCACCAUCUGCUGCUGUCGUCGCGCCCGGGCGGCGCUGGCGCCGCCGCCACCGUGGAGCUCUGGCUGCUCAUCCGCAACGUGGACGCGGUGGAGAAACGGCUCUGCGGCUCCUCCGGCACCAUCACGCUGCGGUGCAAGGACCUCAGAGUGCUGCAGCUGGAGAUCCCGGGCAUGGAAGAGUGUCUCAACGUGGCCAGCUCCAUCGAGGCGCUCUCCUCCGUGGACUCGCUCAUGAUGAUGUACCCGUUCUUCUACAGACCCCAGGGCCUGCGGCUCGAGGAUGGGUGGCACCUCUUCCCCCUCGAGCGCUUCUUCCAGUGCAUUGCUGCCCAGACAAACCAGUGGCGCCUGAGCGCCGUCAACAAGGACUUCAGCACGUGCCCCACGUACCCGCCCGCCCUCAUCGUGCCGGCGGCCGUGGACGACGGAGCGCUGCGCAAGGCGGCUCGCUUCCGGCACGGGGGCCGCUUCCCCGUCCUCAGCUACUACCACCGGAAAAACGGGACGGUGAUGCUCCGCAGCGGGCAGCCGCUGACCGGCCCCAACCGCAAGCGCUGCCCCGAGGACGAGCUGCUGCUGGCUGCGGCGCUGGCCCAGGCCGCGCGCGGCUUCGUCGUCGACACGCGCUCGCUGCAGGCGGCCAAGCAGGCCCGCAUGGGCGGCGGCGGCACCGAGCCCAAGUCCGCCUACCCGCGCUGGAAGCGGCUGCACCGGCCGCUGGAGAGAGGCCGGCCGCUGCAGGAGAGCUUCGUGAGGCUGGUGGAUGCCUGCAACGACGCGUCGCUCUCCAUGGACCGCUGGCUGAGCCGGCUGGAGAGCAGCCGCUGGCUGAGCCACGUCAAGGCGGCGCUGAGCACCGCCUGCCUGGCCGCCCAGUGCCUGGAGCGGGAAGAGGCCUGCGUGCUGGUGCACGGGGCCGAGGGGACGGACACGACGCUGCUGGUGACGGCGCUGGCGCAGCUCAUCCUGGACCCCAGCUGCCGCACGCUCGCCGGCUUCCAGGGGCUGCUGGAGCGCGAGUGGAUCCAGGCCGGACACCCCUUCCACGUGCGCUGUGCCCGCUCUGCCUACUCGCACGCGCGGCUCAAGCAGGAGGCCCCGCUCUUCCUCCUCUUCCUCGACUGCGUGUGGCAGCUGGGCCGCCAGUUCCCCCGCUCGCUGGAGUUCGGCGAGCGCCUCCUCCUCGCGCUCUUCGACAGCGCCUACGCCUCCUCCUACGGCACCUUCCUGGGCAACAACGAGAAGGAGAGGUGA